AUAAAUCAAAAUAUGUCGAAAACAGUUGUGAAGUUACAGACACUCCUGUUAGGGUUUCUCUUCCUCAUAUAUGUUCUUCAUGUGCUUCGAGGUGGAUCUCUUGCUGGAGAUCUCUUGAUAGGAAGGAAGUUUUCGCAGCUCACAUCUCGGGUUGAAACAACAAAUGUAGCUACUCGAUCGUUGAAAGAUUCAGUGUCAACAGAUUUAGAAAGAGAGGUGGAUCACUUAAUGAGGCACGAGUAUCCCUCACCAGUGAAUCCAAAGAAAAGAAGUCCGGUUCACAAUUGAUCAACUUUCGAGCAACUGUUCUUUUAAAUAGUAGUUUAAUAAGUUUCUUGAAAUGGAUGUAAUAUUGCUGAAUAUGAGUACAUUAUAUUACUUACAAAGGGUUCAUUGACUGGAAUAGUGUUGUGUAUUAUCCUGGAGAUUCAGAUUCUCAUAUAUUUGGAGAUAUAUAGGUUAAAGUCAACAUUUGUUUAGAUAUUUGAAUGUUGAGGUCAAGUAGAUUCGUCUUACACUUUUAUAUACACAUAAUUUGGUCUAGUUAGCUUUUAUAAUAUUGAAAGUAAAAGUAGUUUGUCAUGCAUGGUAAUAGCCUUACACUGAAAUAUAUUCCACACAAGAUUAUUUGUUAAGACAAAACACACAUAUCACACAAUCAUAUACUUUAUAAUGUGUAUGGUAUUUUCUCUAAUAAUUUUAUUAAAUAGGAGAUAUUAGUUGCCAAAAUAUAUAUGUUCAAAGCAAACCAAGCUGGAUUUGGUCAAGUCAUAAAUUGUGAACUUCUGACAAAGUAAUAUCAAUUAUAUUAUAUUAUGAUUUUUGCACCAACUUGAAGUACCAACUUUUGAUCAAAACAAAAAAAAAAGUACCACCUUUUAUUUGUUUAGUCAUGUAUUUGAGUCAUGCUUCAAAAGCUUAAAU